CCACGGCAUGCAAUUUCUUUUAUUUUGCCAAUGCUCGUGCCUAACAAACAGUUAGGUCUUGGACGCUCCCACAGCUGGGACACCUUAGGAGGGAAUGAGGGUCAGUGGGAUAGGCAGUUUGACAGUGUGUAUGAGCAGCAAGCAAAAGUAGCAGGCCGACGAAACUCCCUGUCAUACGUGGAGGGGGGAGGGUGGUACGAGGCUCCACCAGGGGUGUGUCCUCCUGACCUGGAUUUGAAACGUGCUCCAUAUUCCUACCAAGACUCACCCUACGGGCAGGUUUAUGCUGAGCGACACGAUCCACGGGGGUUGAGGAAGAGCUCUGUACCAGAUUUAAACCAUUACGAGCGGGCAUCCAUGGCUCAUCGAGCAUCCAUUCCACAUCAGGAUUAUUAUUCUCAUGAUUCAGCCAUGACGCCUCGGCCACCUGAGGGCCUUUACCGGUCAGAUCACCAGCCUCCACCAUCUCAUCCACUGAGCAGGUCAGGUUCGCAUUUUGGUAUGGCGUCUGGGGCUCGUACUGCAUGGGAUCAUAGUCAGUCAGGUAGGACAGGACAUCAAGCUCCUUUAUCACCUCUGCCUCCUCCUCCAACAGUCCAUGAGUUGAAUCGAAUCUAUAGAGAACCUGGUGCUAUACCUGUUGCCAAGAUGAUGCAAGAUGGUCAACAACACUUACCUUCUAGAGACCCACCUCCUGUUCAAUAUGGUAUGGAGCAAGCUUCUCCUCGAUAUGCCAGUGAACCUCCACCUAUGUCUAGUCAGUCUGUCUUUACCAAUGUUGAUGGCCACCCUCUGGAUCCACAGCAGCAGGUUGCCACCUGUCUUGUAAUAGAUCCUGGUAGUCAAGGUGUGAUAAUGAGGCAAGAUACAGCAUCACCUUACACCAUCCAACAGCAGCAGCAAUUACAGCAGCAACAACUGCAUCAGCAGCAACUUCAGCAACAAGUACCUCAACAGCAACUCCAGCAGCAACAAUUGCAACAGCAGCAAUUGCAACAACAGCAACUACAGCAACAUCAACUACAACAAAUGCAGCAGCAGCAGCAACAACUACAGCAAAUACAGCAGCAGCAGCAACAACUACAACAGCAACCAAUUCAACAACAGCCUCAGCAAGACCAGCUGCAGCAGCAUCUCCAACAGCAACAUCCACUUCCACCUACCAUGCCAGUGUCCAGCCCACACCUUGCAAUGUCUGCUCCACUGCCAGCUCCCCCUGCUCCUGUGCAGACUGCAGCAGUUGUCCCAGCUGUACCUGUUCCUGUGCAAGCAGUCCCUACUCCUGUGCCCCCUCCUCCAACUACUCCACUUCCUACUCCAUCUUCUGCACCUCUCCUAACUGCCCCACAGGCACCAUUGCCUAUAGAUCCCAAGAAGGCAGUUGAUACAGAAUUCCUCUCUUUGUUGCGAAAUGAAGGCCUAACAGAAAGCACUAUAUCCUCACUCAUCCAGCAGGGAUUUGACUCCACUAGUAUGCUAGCUGUUAUGGAGGAGAAUGAUGUCCGUACUGUUGCCCCCAACCUUGGCCAGGCUCGUGUACUGUCUCGCUUGCUCCACAACUUCAAGCGGCCUGUUGAUGCUACGCCAGCCCCCUCCCGACCUCAGACACCAAUGAGAGGCCGAUCUAAUAGCUUUAGCCAUCGCUCAGACAUCUACCACCAACAGCACCACCAUUCAUCACAUCCUUCACAUGUUUUAGCCAUGGAUCCUCAGCUUAUGGCCCCACUGACCCCUGGGGCUAUGCAAACCAUCUCUCCAAGGAUGGGUGAAGUAAUAAGUAGGAGGCCCAGCAGUGCUCCUUCUCAAAACUUCUUGGAGACCUCUAUAGGAUACCCAGGCCAACCUCCUCGAUCUCCUGGGCCAUAUUCUGGAGCCCUUAUGCCUGUCCAGACAAGACCUAUGUCAGCCUAUUCCUCUGGAGUAGCAAUGCCUGGGGUAUCUAUGCAGGGUAUGCAGAUAAUGCCACAACAGAUGACUGGGUCAAUGCCUGCCAUACCGGGAUCUGUAUCAGGGAUGCCACAGCAGAUGCCUGUAUCCAUGUCAGCUUUGCAUCAGCCACCGCAACAAGUACCAAAAGCAUACUCCACCAAUUACACGGUACCAAUGGAGCUGAUGAAGAGGGAUAGGAGUUUACUCCCAUUGUCACCCAUGCAUAGCCCUCACCCAAACCCUCAACUAAUACGUAAAGGAGGUCAAGCAUCAGACAAUGCCCAUGUCCCAAUAGGAAUACCUGUUCAAGGCCAAGGUACCCUGGUUGCUAACCAGAAGUUGAGUCGACGCACAGGUCCACCUGUCAUCGUAUCUACUAUGGCGUCUCCGGACACAAGGAGAGAAGAGGACGGAGCUGACGGAGAAGAAGAGGAGGCUGAGGACGAUACAAGUGAUCCAGCUCAAGAGGACGAGAAGAGGAGACAAGUCCAGGGUCGCCUUCUGGAGCUGGGGGACAAGACGAAAAUAUUCUUUUCAUUUUCUUCCUUCUCUGGAGAUUAA